AUUGGACAGGUUUCUCAAUGGGUUAUGUCAUCCCAUUUGUACCCUCGUUGAACCGUUAUGCGAAGCAGUUCAGAUCUUCGCUCAGACCACCACUGCAAAUGGUUAUAUGUCGGGCCCGAUCGAUGAUGUCAGUGGGAAGGACGUCCCCACCUUGCAGGUUGUUCCCGAUUAUUCCAAGCCCGAUGGAUUACGCGCUGCAUGGGGCUGUUCAGACCGGAGACCAAUAUCGUCUAUGGGGCAUUAUAGACAUAACAGUACGAGCCCGAGUGCCGGCAAGAAAACCUACGUCAAGACUCAGCCCGAAGGCUUGCAGUGGCGCCUAUUUUUUUUUCGCGCAAACCGCCCGUUUAUCUCAGCGCCCUCAGGUACUCUUGCGCCCAUAGCCAGGUCAUCAUAUCAGCCGAUUCCAGUUGUCCCGAUGCACUCUCUGAAAGGGUCUCAUCAUCCGAUCAAUCUGAAGAAUCCCUUUCCCAGUCAGGUCACUCCUGCUACCCCAGCAUCAUACUGCGAGAAGACCGGCCCAUCUCAACCGGCCUCCAAACCAGCACAAUCCUCCCGUGUCCUUGCACACUCACCCACCGUUUGGUCGUUUGCAUUCCUGCCAGGUGGGCCCGGUGUGUGUGAAAGGGCGUCAAGUCCCCGAGGCUCAGUGACUGGAUUCCCAGGAGGUCGGGACCACCGCCAGAGGAUCACCCGAAAGGUUACUUGCACCAGACAAGUCAUAGGCGAGGCCCCGUCUUCGUACUCGCUCAAUACAGGGGAUGAAAGAUCCAACUUGGGAUUAAGUGUAUUAAACGGACUAACCUCUCCCUCCUCCUCCCCGAGCUACCGCUGAGACCCCUGGUCUCCACCUCAGUUCCCACAUGGGUUGCUGUGCGAACGCGGUCCAACGAACCUAUUUACCAAUGUUUAGUUCGAAACCUUCUGUCAUA